AUGCAGCACGGUGCAGCCUACAUGUCCUCCAUGUCCUACAAUGGACCCUGUGAUAGAUGUGAAGCAGGCUGGGAGCAUCAUGGAGGAAAGUGCUAUCAUUUCUCCAUCAGUAAAUCCUCCUGGAACAGGAGCAGAGCUGACUGUAGAGCUAAAGGAGGAGACCUGGUUAAGAUAGACAGCAGGGAGGAGCAGAAAUUCCUGGAGAAAAGACUGAGAGAAAUGAACAAAACUGAGGAGAAGUUCUGGAUCGGACUGAAACGCUCUGCAGAUGAAGACAGAUGGUUUUGGAUGGAUGGAUCACCGCUGAACAAAAGUUUGACUUUUUGGAGCAGAAAUCAGCCGGACACCAGGAACGGGACAAACAGGGAAAAUCCUGCUGGACAAAGUGUGAGGGUGGGGGGGAAAGGUCGUGCUCCUGACCUGAACCUCAGCACGAUGAGCCGUCCACAGAGCUGCAUUGAAGGUGAAGCUCCUGACUCUCAGCAUGCAAAAUCAAACAAAGGGUCAAAGGUGACUAAAGAGAGAGCGGCACUGCUGGUUUCUGGUGUUCUCCUGGCUGCUGCUCUCAUUGUUAUUUACCGUCUCUUGUUUGAAAUCAUGAGAACAAAGGAGAACCUCAAAAACCUGGAAGAUCACAGAAUGAAGUGUGAAAAUAAUCUGACAGAUGGACCCUGUGAUAGAUGUGAAGCAGGCUGGGAGCAUCAUGGAGGAAAGUGCUAUCAUUUCUCCAUCAGUAAAUCCUCCUGGAGCCAGAGCAGAGCUGAAUGUAGAGCUAAAGGAGGAGACCUGGUUAACAUAGACAGCAGGGAGGAGCAGAGGUUCCUGGAUGGAAGAGUGAGAAACUUAAUGAAUGAAGCUGAGGACCAGUUCUGGAUCGGACUGACAGACUCAGCAGCAGAGGGCAGAUGGAUGUGGGUGGACAACACACCACUGAAUGAAAGGUUUAGUUUUUGGCUCAGUGGGGAGCCAAAUAAUUUGACAGGGAUAACUCCUGAAGGAGAGGACUGUGUGGCGAUGUGGAAAAAAGGUGGAGCUCCUGACCUGAAGAGCUGGAAUGAUUCACCAUGCUCAGUUCCUCACAGAAGUAUUUGUGAGAAAGCAGAAGUAACAGGACAGAUUAAAUAUGAAGAAGCUAGCCAGCAGGCCUCAUCUCCGGAGCAGAACAGAAGCUCUCAGGAAUCACUGCAGAACAAGAUGGACUUCACCUCCACUAGAGGAACCACGGGCGUCCCCGGGCCACUCUAA